CAUAUCAAUCGCGAAGGGUGGUAAAGAGGGCGGCGCGGAGAAGGGCGCGUGGCGGCACCGGGGGUGUCAGUCACGGCCCAUCUGUCCAGCAUCGAGCACAUCUAUGGACAUAGUUGCAGUAACGACUGUCGGUUCAAACAUACGAAAGAUGAAGUCGCAUCAAUCGCGAUUUUCUUUGGCUGGAAUGUAGACGACUAGAAUAUAUCGAAUGGAAGAAAGAAGAUAACGAUCGUCGUGAAAGAGAGAGAGAGAGAGAGAGAGAGAGAGAGAGAGAGAGAGAGAGAGAGUGUGUGAGAGAGUGUGAUUGAUCGGUGAUCGAUUGCGUGAAAUAACGUUCGAGUGGCGAUUCGCACUCGCGUCGCAAACCAAAUGUUCCCCUCCAGUUUGCUUGCAAGCUUUUUGCAAAAAACAAAAAAGGGAGUCGAAAAGAGGGGAGCAAUAUCGCGAUACUUUCGAGCUUUUAUUCACCGAUAAAGUGAAAUCGGAGAAAUUUGAAAUAUUUAGGAAUAAAGUAUAUCUCUUUAAGAAGAAUAAAAGGCAAAGUAGGGUUCAAGAUAAAAAAAAAAAAAGAAAAAUCAUUGGCUGUGCGUUUAUUAACGUAAACGAUAGUGUUCAUCGAUUGUACAGAUAUAUAUCGAUUCGUUUCGAAGAUAUUCAGAAGAAGGAAAAAUAAAGAAGAUUAAGAGGACGUUGAGGAGGAUAAAGGACGAAAAGUCGUGACGAAGUAAUAGAAGAUAAAAAGAAAAAAAAAUUUUAAAGAAAAACAAAAAAAUUAAAAAAAAAAAAAAAAAAAAAAAAAAAAAACAAAAAAAAACAAAAAAAAUGUUGUGAAGGGAUGUUCUCCUAUAUAAUCAAAGUUAAAAUUAACGAUUAUCAAUUAAAUAUAAAAAAUAUAAUACACGUACAUAUAUAACUACGGUACGCGUACGUGAUACGUAAUAUUAGCAAUAAAAUAACGCGUAUUCCUUCGCGUUAGUAAACAAGCAAUACACAAGUUCGGUCCUUUUCGUCUUCGUUAUCGUUUUAAGAGAAAUUAUAAACACGUUCGGUGUGGAUCGUGGAGUCUACCAACUGUGGUGCUCCUCCUCGCUAUCAACGACGCUGGACGCUAUAUUUUUUUAAUCACGAUUUUGGUGUGUGAAAUAAAUAAGAAAAAAGAAAGGGAGUGAAGAUACGACAAGAUGGCGUUCGCCGCGGCAAGAAUGAUCCUGAAGGACAAGAGACGGAAGGCCAGCAAAGAGGACUUCGCACCUCGAAACAGAAGCAAGGCCCGCAGCGCCAGUACAAGUAGCUUUAGAAGCCUGAGCCAGGCACGCAACAAACCAGCCGAUGGAGUUGGCCACGUGAAUCAGAAAGGUGCGACGGGUCAAAAGGCACCGUUAGCGGCUGGACAAAAGGGGGCUCCUGGUGCCAAGGUCGCGACAAAGCCAGCGCAGAAGCCAACAGCUCAAAAAGGGCAGGUCAAAGUUACCCCUAAGGCUGCCUCCGUUAAAACGGGAAAGAACAAAAAGAAAGGCCAGAGGCAACAGUACGAUCUCAUCGUCACCAUAAAUCUGUCCGAGUAUGGUCUCACGGAAGAUCAAGUGGCUGAAUUCAAAGAAGCAUUCAUGCUGUUCGAUAAAGACGAAGAUGGAACAAUCACCAUGGCUGAACUUGGUGUGGUCAUGCGAUCUCUGGGACAGAGACCGUCCGAUACGGAACUACGAGAUAUGGUGAAUGAAGUGGAUCAAGAUGGUAAUGGUACCAUCGAGUUUAAUGAGUUCCUGCAAAUGAUGUCAAAGAAGAUGAAGGGAGCAGACGGGAAGGACGAGUUACGCGAAGCGUUUAGAGUAUUUGACAAGAACAAAGACGGCCUGAUCUCAUCGAAGGAAUUACGGCACGUAAUGACGAAUCUCGGUGAAAAAUUGUCGGAGGAAGAAGUCGAUGACAUGAUCAAGGAGGCGGACUUAGAUGGUGAUGGAAUGGUUAACUAUGAAGAAUUCGUGACAAUUUUGACGUCGAAAAAUUAGUUCGUUGGUCGUCUAAUCCGACGACGAUGUUGAUGGAGAAGAAGAAAAAGAAGAAGAAGAAGAAAAGAAGGAAGCACGCAAAGUUCCUCGCCAGGAUCGUAGAUAGAAAGAAGGACGUUUAUUGCGAUAUCCUAGCAUUCAGCAGCACCAGCAGCAGCAACAGCAGCAGUAAAAGAAGCAAUCACAGCAGCAACAAUGUCAAAAUCAUCGUCCUAAAAGUAACUAAAUGAGCGUGUCGAGUCAAUCGAAAAUUCUCGUCGAAUUUAUCGAUUAUUCGCGUAUGAAAUUAAAACAAACAAACAAACAAAAAAUAAAAAAGAUUAAACAAAACAAAAGAAAACAAAGGAAAAAAAAGAAACAAUGAAACAAUACGAUGAUGUUCGCCGAUCUUUUAAAAGAAAAACAUGUGUCCGCACGCGCGAAAAAAGACACAACACACACAUACACGGUACACGAAAAAAGACGAUAUGCGUACACACCUCGCUUCCUUCGGAAGGAAAUGAAGAAGAUAGAAAGAACGAAGAAAAUUUAGAAAGAUUCCUAAAUAAGAACGAAUGUCUAUGAAAAGAAAGAAAGAAAGAGAAAGAGAAAGAGAGAGAGAGAGAGAGAGAGAGAGAGAGAGAGAGAGAAAGAAAGAAAAUGGAAUUAACAAAGCGAGGUGGUCGUUCCCGAAACAAUCAACUGAGCUUCGUUUAACAUUUACCUACUCUACUUAAUGCUAAAACAUAAAAGAAUAGUUGUUACGAGUACCAUUUAGGAAAAAUUCAGAUAAAAGAGAAACAUCCUUGAAUCCAAAUCCUCGAAUCCUUUUCCCUUUUUUUCCUACCUCUUUCCCAUUCCCCUUUAAUAAUUAGUACGACUUAUGAUGUGAGAAAAAAAUAAAACUAUAGUUAGGUCGUGUAAAAGCGGGUUUAUUAUUAGCAUAUGCGGUUGCCGUUUACGUAUGCUAUUAUUUCCCAGGAGCAAACUCGUAACCUCUCGAGGCAUGUGUGUUACCGCUAAUUUCCCUCCCAUUCCUCUUAUCCACAAGCGUUCCCUAUCCUUCACCAACUCUCUCUUCCUUAGAUUAUAUAUGUAUAUUCUUGGUGGACGAGGCUAAUAUAAGUUUAAUGAAAAAGAAAAAGAAGAAGAAUAAGAAGAGAUAGGAAAGGAAUAAUAAUAAUAAUAAUAACAGCAACAAAAAAUAGAGGAAAGGAAAAAGAAAAAUAAAAACAAAACAAACAAAUGAGGAUUACGAUAAGAAGGACCGAUUUGGGAUAUUAUCACUUGUCAGGUUCGAUUCGCUUUUUCGAGUGACUUGAGCGUGAGAGCGUGCAGCAGCUAUGUAUAUUAGUCGACAUUUUUACAGUAAAAAUUAUUACACGAAAAGCAGUCGCAACCUCGGACGGCAGACGACUACUACUACUACUACCACUUACUACUAUUACUAAUACUACUACUACUACUACUAUUACUACUACUACUACUACUACUACUACUACUAUUACUAUUAUUACUAUUCUAUUAUUACUAUAUUACUAUUUCGGUAAUAUUGCGAGCAGCAGUUUUUUCAAAGGUGUUCAAACGUCGUUGUCAAUCGCAUAGCCCCCUUUAUAUCCGACGAGGAAAAGAAAGUUAAAAGAAUUCCACGAGCGCGUUGAUCGCCUUUUUCUCGAGUAUAUAUAUACAUAUAUGUAUAUGUAUGUAUGUAUAAGAAUUUGGUAAAAAAAAGAAAUAAAAGUGAAAACAGAAGAGAGAAAGAGAGAGAGAGAGAGAGAGAGAGAGAGAGAGAGAGAGAAAGAGAGAGAGACAAGUGGAGCAGAUUUCCUCAAAAAUGUAUAUAAAUCAAAAUAUAGCAGAAUCUACGGUACGCACAAGUUUCAGCUUUCUCGCUUUACGAUAAAGAAAAAAAAGACAUAAAAACAAAAGGGAUUAGAAGAAGAAGAAGAAAAAUAAAAUAAUAGAAAAUAAAAAAAGGGAAAUAAAAUAAAUCCUAGUUUUCAUCUCGCUCAUUGUUAAUGUUUCGUACGCCACACUUGAUGAAAGGACAAACCUAGAGAGAGAGGAAGAAAGAGACAGAGAAAGACAGAGAGAGAGAGAGAGAGA